AUGGUGCGCCUCAGGGAAAUACCCCGAACAGCCACCUUUACCUGGUCUCCCGGUUCUGCGGCCCCAUUUAUUGCCACUGGCACCCGCGCAGGCGCAGUUGAUGCGGAUUUUUCUAAUGAAACGUUCCUAGAGUUGUGGAAUCUUGAUUUAGACAAUGAUAACAUUGGAGCUGAACUAGAGCCGGUCGCAAAGAUUAGUACUGAUUCUGGCUUCCAUGAUAUUGCGUGGGCGGAGUCAGACAGUCAUAGCAGAGGGGUCAUCGCAGGCGCACUGGAAAAUGGGUCCUUAGAUCUUUGGAAUGCAGAUAGUCUUCUGAGUGGCGCAAGCGAUGCACUCAUUUCUCGGGCGUCUAAACAUAGCGGACCUAUUAAAACACUGCAGUUUAAUCCGAAACAUGCAAAUUUAUUAGCCACGGGAGGAGGCAAGGGAGAGUUAUUCAUAUCUGACCUCAAUAACCUCAACCAACCAUUUCGCCUGGGUAACACUGCUGCACGAGUCGACGAUAUAGAAUGCCUUGAUUGGAAUAAGAAAGUACCUCAUAUAUUAGUAACCGGCAGCAGUGCAGGCUUUGUGACUGUAUGGGAUGUGAAAACAAAGAAGGAAAGCCUUACUCUAAACAAUUUUGGCCGGAAAGCAGUCAGUGCAGUUGCAUGGGAUCCUGAGAAGCCUACAAAAUUGAUUACCUCCAUACCCCUUGAGACUGACCCUUUGAUUUUGGUCUGGGAUCUACGUAAUUCCAAUGCUCCUGAACGAGUAUUGCAUGGCCAUGAGUCUGGUGUUUUAUCGCUGUCUUGGUGCACUCAAGACCCUGAUUUACUAUUAUCUUGUGGUAAGGAUAAUCGGACAAUAUGUUGGAAUCCUCAGACAGGUAAUGCAUAUGGAGAAUUCCCUGUUGUUACCAACUGGACGUUUCAAACACGCUGGAACCCUCACAACCCAAAUAUGUUUGCUACAGCUUCCUUUGAUGGGAAGAUUGCUGUUCAAACAAUACAAAACACUCGGCAUGAUCAACAGCAAGCAGGAAAUAGCCAAGAACAAACUGUCAACGAUGAGGACUUUUUCUCAAAGGCGCAAACACAGCCACAAAUCUCUACUUUCUCACUCCAGAAAGCUCCCAAAUGGCUCGAGAGACCUGUCACAGCAUCUUUUGGAUUUGGGGGAAGGGUUGUUUCUGUGGGCUUGACGCCCGGAGGCCGAUCUUCGAAGAUUAGAAUAAGCCAUUUUGAUAUUGACUCUAGCGUCGGCAGUGCCACAGAAAGUUUCGAAAACGCAUUGAAAACUGGGGACCUUGGCGGUAUUUGCCAGUCCAGAAUUACUGCAUCACAGAGCGAAGACGAAAAGACCGAUUGGAAAGUUAUUGAGACUUUAAUUUCCAAAACCCCAAGGAAAGAGCUGGUUAGUUAUCUGGGAUUUUCAAGUGAGGUCGAUGAAGCAGCCGACAGUUUAUCAAAACUUGGCUUAGAGGGCAAGGCUACGAGCAACGACGAUCUACUCUCUCCCAAAAGCCAGGAUCCCCGAAAGCACAAGCGAAUAACUUCAAUUUUCGACGGCAAUGUAGAGGGCGAAACGUUUCUCACCGAGAUUGCUUCCUCCAAGGGUGCUAAGACCAACAGUCCAUUCCAGAUUUAUACAGGCUCGGAAUCAGAGGCAGACCGGUCUAUCACAAGAGCUUUACUGCUUGGCCAGUUCGAAAAAGCCUUGGAUGUUUGCCUGCAAGAGGACCGUAUGUCCGACGCUUUCAUGAUUGCAGUCUCUGGUGGCCAAAAAUGCAUUGAAAAGGCACAAGAGGCUUACUUCCUGAAGCGAUCCGAAGGUCCCAGCUAUGUCCGGGUCCUUGCGUCGGUAGUCGGGAAGAAUUUGUGGGACAUUGUUCAUAAUGCAGAUCUUGCGAACUGGAAAGAAGCUAUCGCCUCUAUUUGCACUUUUGCGGAUGACAAGGAGUUUCCCGAUCUGUGCGAUGCUUUGGGUGAUCGUCUUGAAGAGACCUAUAGACUACAAGGCUCGAAACAAGCUCGAAAGGACGCUUCAUUUUGUUAUUUAGUGAGCUCGAAAUUAGAAAAAGUGGUUGCUAUCUGGAUUGAGGAGCUGAAGGAAAAUGAAGCGGAUAAAGUACAAAGCGCUACGGACGACACGGGGUUCUCAAUUCAUGUCCAUGCCCUCCAAGCCUUCAUCGAAAAGGUCACCAUUUUCCGUCAUGUUGUUAAAUUUGAAGACUCCGAGCAGCAGAAUACCUCCGACUGGAAACUAAACUCCCUCUACGAUAAAUACCUCGAAUACGCUGAUGUCAUUGCAUCUCAUGGUCACUUGGAGGCUGCCGAAAGGUACCUGGACCUUCUACCUGCUGCUUAUCCAGAAGCAGAAGUGGCCAGGAGCCGUAUCCGCUUUGCUACGAAGAAAGCUGCUCCCAAGCCGGCAGCCGGACGUGCCCCCCCAGCCCCCCGCCAGUCGUCUCUGGCGGCGCCUCCUGCUCCUUUCCAACCCCCCCAGCCGCCAAUGCAGCAUGUCCCGGCUCCCCCGGCUCCCCCGGCCCCAGCCGCCAGCCCUUACGCACCCCCAACCAUGCCCAAGCCAGUGACCGCCAACUAUGCACCCGCGGCGACACCCAAACCUUCUUCUCCCAGUCCCUAUGCGCCUGCGACCGCACCUAAACCCGCCAAUGCCAAUAUAUAUGCUCCCGUCGCGCCCACCACGAGCUACGUUUCUGCGGGAGGCACAACUUAUACUCCCACCGCUGGCUACCAGCCACCACAACCGCCGCAAUUCCCGCAGUCAAGACAGGCGAGUGUUAUGCCUCCUCCUCAGCCUUUUGCUCCGCCACCGGGAGGCCCCGUUGGUCUCGCGCCGCCUCCAAGGGCGACAACUGGAUCUCCUUCAGCGCCACCUCCGUUUACCCGUGCUACAAACAUUCCAGCUUGGAAUGACCUUCCAGAAGGGUUCGUAAGAACUCCUACCCCCCGCCGUAGCACACCCGUGACCACAAACCCGGUCAGUGUGCCCUUCUCAAACCAGAUGCCUGCCGGGGGUCCGUCGCAGUCUCCCACACCGCCACCGAUGCUACAACCGCCUCCACGCGGCCCAGUACCACCCCCACAACAGCCCCCCGCAGUCCAGCAAACUUCCAGGCCAUCAACCGCCCAGUCCCAGAAGAAAGCUCCCGCUGCUCCCAAACACCCACCUGGUGACCGCUCUCAUAUUCCUUCAAACGCGCAGCCAAUCUACGAAAUGCUCUCUGCUGAUAUGCAGCGGGUUAAAGCGCGUGCUCCGGGAUCUUUCAAGGCCCAAGUUAAUGAUACAGAACGGCGUUUAAAUAUCCUCUUCGAUCAUCUUAAUAACGAGGAUCUACUGAAACCCGACACAGUUGAAAGUAUGGUUGGGCUAGCACAUGCUAUUCAAGUAAGGGAUUACGAAACCGCACAGGCAAUUCACUUGGACAUUCUGACCAACAAGACGGACGAGUGUGGAAAUUGGAUGGUUGGCGUAAAACGGUUGAUUGGUAUGAGCAGGGCCACCCCCUAA